CGCAGAGGCGGGGCCCCUGGAGCCUGUGAUUUGUCAGGGAAAUCUCAGCCACCUGCUCCCCUCAUGCAAAUGACCCAAACCCCUGGCAGCUGCUCCUUAGGCCUCCAAGUCUAAGCCCUAUCUUCCCUCUCUGAGCUUUGCUGAGACUUAGGGCCGCCUGCUUUCUCUCUGACUCCUGCUUUUACAGCCUCGAGAGGGCAAGGAGGGGGCCAGACCCCAGCCUGGGAGCAGGGUGCGGGGCUCCCCUCCACUUGAAAUCCGUUGCCCACCCACAACAGGGGCAGACCUGUCCAUCCUUCUCUGUGGGUCCCCUGUACCUUUCUUCCCCCACGGGAUCAGACCCAGAGGCAGCUGGUUGGGGUUUGUCGAGAAGAAGGAUUAUCCAGAUCAAUCCUUUCUAAUCUCAGCUCCUGCCUCUACCCUCCCGUACUCACCAAACCCUCUUCCCCACCACCUGAGCUAAGGGGCACAGUUUGAGGCCCCCCCAACCCCCCGCCGGUCGGGGCCAGGCCACUCUCUGGCAGCAGAGCCUGGGCAGGUGACGGGCGGGCGCGGGCGUCACAGCUGAGGGAGUAAGGAGACUCCCAGGAACCGGAGCUGGAAACCCGGCCGAGGUCCAGCCAGAGCCCAAGAGCCAGAGCUACCCUUCGACCUGUCUGCCAUGGGGGAGAUGGAGCAACUGCGCCAGGAAGCGGAGCAGCUCAAGAAGCAGAUUGCAGAUGCCAGGAAAGCCUGUGCUGACGUUACUCUGGCAGAGCUGGUGUCUGGCCUAGAGGUGGUGGGACGAGUCCAGAUGCGGACACGGAGGACGUUAAGGGGGCACCUGGCCAAGAUCUAUGCCAUGCAUUGGGCCACUGAUUCUAAGCUGCUGGUAAGUGCCUCGCAAGAUGGGAAGCUGAUCGUGUGGGACAGCUACACCACCAACAAGGUGCACGCCAUCCCACUGCGCUCCUCCUGGGUCAUGACCUGUGCCUAUGCCCCAUCAGGGAACUUUGUGGCAUGUGGGGGGCUGGACAACAUGUGUUCCAUUUACAACCUCAAAUCCCGUGAGGGCAAUGUCAAGGUCAGCCGGGAGCUUUCUGCUCACACAGGUUAUCUCUCCUGCUGCCGCUUCCUGGAUGACAACAAUAUUGUGACCAGCUCGGGGGACACCACGUGUGCCUUGUGGGACAUUGAGACUGGGCAGCAGAAGACUGUGUUUGUGGGACAUACGGGUGACUGCAUGAGCCUGGCUGUGUCUCCUGACUUCAAUCUCUUCAUUUCGGGGGCCUGCGAUGCCAGCGCCAAGCUCUGGGAUGUGCGAGAGGGGACCUGCCGUCAGACUUUCACUGGCCACGAGUCGGACAUCAAUGCCAUCUGUUUCUUCCCCAAUGGAGAGGCCAUCUGCACAGGCUCGGAUGAUGCUUCCUGCCGCUUGUUUGACCUGCGGGCAGACCAGGAGCUGAUCUGCUUCUCCCACGAGAGCAUCAUCUGCGGCAUCACGUCCGUGGCCUUCUCCCUCAGUGGCCGCCUGCUAUUCGCUGGCUACGACGACUUCAACUGCAAUGUCUGGGACUCCAUGAAGUCUGAGCGUGUGGGCAUCCUCUCUGGCCACGAUAACAGGGUCAGCUGCCUGGGAGUCACAGCUGAUGGGAUGGCUGUGGCCACAGGUUCCUGGGACAGCUUCCUCAAAAUCUGGAACUGAGGAGGCUGGAGAAAGGGAAGUGGAAGGCAAUGAAGACACUCAGCAGCCCCCUCCCUGACCCCAUCUCAUUCAGGUGUUCUCUUCUAUAUUCCAGGUGCCAUUCCCACUAAGCUUUCUCCUUAGAGGGCAGUGGGGAGCAUGGGGACUGUGCCUUUGGGAGGCAGCAUCAGGGACACAGGGGCAAAGAACUGCCCCAUCUCCUCCCAUGGCCUUCCCUCCCCACAGUCCUCACAGCCUCUCCCUUAAUGAGCAAGGACAACUGGCCCCUCCCCAGCCCUUUGCAGGCCCAGCAGACUUCAGUCUGAGGCCCCAGGCCCUAGGAUUCCUCCCCUAGAGCCACUACCUUUGUCCAGACCUGGGUGGUAUAGGGCGUUUGGCCCCGUGACUAUGGCUCUGGCACCACUAGGGUCCUGGCCGUCUUCUUAUUCAUGCUUUCUCCUUUUUCUACCUUUUUUUCUCUCCUAAGACACCUGCAAUAAAUUGUAGCACCCUGGUA